CAUGUCUCACUUUGGCCAAUCCCAAUUGGAAAAAAAUAGUUGAGACGGAUGCUUCUGAUAUUGGUUACGGGGGAAUUCUCAAACAAAUUUCUCCUAUUAAAAAAAAGGAAUAUCUUGUACAAUUUUAUUCAGGAAAAUGGAAUCAUAGCCAGAAAAAUUAUGCUACGAUAGCUAAAGAAAUUUUAGCUAUAGUAAAAAGUGUGUUAAAAUUUCAAGGAGAUUUAUAUAAUCAAAAGUUUAUUAUAAAAACUGAUUGCCAAGCAGCUAAUUUAUUUUUAGCAAAGAUGUAAAACAUGAUGUAUCCAAACAAAUGUUUGCAAGAUGGCAAGCUUUACUAGCCCCAUUUGAUUUUGAAAUAUAUUAUAAGAAAGGAGCAGAUAAAAGUCUCCCUGACUUUCUUACUAGAGGAUAUUUGAUUUAAUAAACUCUUUUUACAGGAUAAUGAGACCAUCCUGGAGUUCUUCCUCUAAUAAAGGAAGAGGAAGAGGAAGAACAAUGCAUACGGGAAACAAUAAUAUUCUGGCUCAAUUAGGAAAUUAAAGGCUAAUAGCCGCAAAUAUUAUAGGAACAUCUACUGGAAUAUCAGGAAUUGAUGACAACCAUCCAAUGUACAGAGAAUUUAUGGAUUUUAUACAAUCCAAACAACAAACUCAGCCAUCAUAUUCAUCUAUAGUUAAUGAAGAAGCUAUAGAAAAUGUGGAAAUAUAUGAUAAGAACGAGAUAGAUGAAAUAGUACUCAUUUUAGAACCAAAGGAUCUACAAUGAAGAGAUGAUCAUGGGCAAAUAAUGAUAAGAUACUUUGAUACGACAUCAUAUGGUGUACCUACUUAUAAAUACAGGAUGCAUUAUGAGAUUAUACUCUCAUCGAUGGGGUCUGCCUAUCCGUAAAGCCAUCAAUAUUCCAUUCAUAGAUUUCUGUUCCACUAAAACUAUUAGAGACAAUAUACUCUUGUUCCUCUAAAAGAAUAUCCUGAGGGGUUGGCCUUAGGAUAAUAGAAAACAUCCUUUGGACUCUUUUAUGCUGGAAGAUUCUUCCACUUGAUUCAAAAACAGAUAGCAAGAACAACUGAAAUUUUAUUUAACUUAAAAGUAGAAAUUUACAAGAGUAGAGAGAGGAAUACAAAAGAUGUGUUGCUCCGUGCCUGCUUUAAAAAUAGAAAAAGGAUCCUUUUAUAGAGAAGGAUCUAAGAAAAUGUUAAAAACUAUGACAUAAGUGCUUACAUCAUAUUAUAUUAUUGAACCGACAUAGGGUCCUACUACUUUAUAAAAGUUUUGAAAUUAUUUACAAUUGAUUCCGUUUUUUUAGUCCUUUGCUAUUCCUUUGUCUUUGGACUCUUUUAUGCUGGAAGAUUCUUCCACUUGAUUUUGAAAUUGUUGCAGGAAGAUUAUACUCUCAUCAAUGGGGUCUGCUAAAUUUCAGCACUUCUACCCAGCGAAUACCAAGAAAGUUUAUAACUUUUCAAAAAUCAUAAUAAAAAAUGGGGAACAAGCACUAUGAGGGAAAGAGAAUAUACUCACCCGGAACAAAAGACUGUAGUUAAAUUUAAUUAUUGGUAUAUUUCAAAAAUUUCAAAAUCAAGUGGAAGAAUCUUCCAGCACAAAAGAGUCCAAAGGCAAAGGAAUCGCAAAGGACUAAAAGAACGGAAUCAAUUGUAAAUAAUUUCAUAACUUUAUAAAGUAGUAGGACCCUAUGUCGGUCCAAUAAUAUAAUAUGAUGUAAGCACUUAUGUCAUAGUUUUUAACAUUUUCUUAGAUCCUUCUCUAUAAAAGGAUCCUUUUUCUAUUUUUUAAAGCAGGCACGGAGCCACACAUCUUUUGUAUUCCUCUCUCCACUCUUGUAAAUUUCUACUUUUAAGUUAAAUAAAAUUUCAGUUGUUCUUGCUAUCUGUUUCUGAAGAUCUACUAAAGAUUAAUAUCAACCUAAACUAUGGACAACAUGGAACUUGGACUGUUUCGAUGCUUCUAGGGUCGAAAUAAUGUAGUCCGAGAGUGAGAAGAUCUUGGCUUAGUCCGGAGUUCCUGUUGAGGACCAUGUUAAAGCCAUGUGUGAGGCGUUAUUUGGGCUAUGUUGGAGCCGUAAAAGAUCCUUCUAUCCUUGGACUAUCUAACUCGUAAACGAAUCGGUAGUUACAUAGAAGCGAUCCCGUCGUAUUUGGUUCCAAAUGUUGAGGUCUGUAAGGCCAAAUGUUGAGGUCUGUAUGGCCGUGCGGACUAUCGCCAGCCUUGGAACUUAGCAUGUACCGCCAGCUUUGGAACUUAGCAUGUAUGGUAUCAGAGCCAUGUGGUCAGUAGUAGUAGGUGAUGUUAAUCUGUCAUGAUUUAAUUAUGAAUAUCAUAAAAAAACAAGCUACUGCUAAAAACAGUAGAAAAGAAGAAUAUGAUAUGCCUCAACAGCUUGAUCUCCUUAAUAGAUGGACAAUUCCUAAAAUACAACCUAAGGUAAUAUACCAAAUGGGAACAUUUGAAAAAAUGGGAUUUAAACAAAUUGUUAAAACCACUGAAGAAACUAUUACUAUGGUUUCUGAUCAUGGUACUUUGAAACUUCUUUCUGGAAAUGAUUUUGCCCCUUAUAGGGAAAAUUAUAGAUUUAUGCAUAUUGGUCUGGUACAAGUUGCUUUUAAACCCCUAACAUUAAGAGACUUACCAGAGAGCUUUAUAGCAGCUCUAAGAGAUGGAAGAAAUCAGAAUUGGAAGAAAUCUCUUGUAGGGACAGUGCAAACUAGUUUGGCUUAUGGUCCUGUUUAUUUUAAUGUUUAUCCUAAUUUACAGAUCUCUUUAAAUGAUGAAAAUUCACUUAAUACUUUAAUAUUGAGUAUUAAAUUAAAUGGGUAUGAUUAUUUGCCUGGUACUGAAGUUAUAUGUAUUUGUUAUAGAAUUUACUAUAAACCUCUAUAUAUUUUAAAUCCUAUGUGUAAAAUUAUAGAUUUUAAAAAUGAGACCAUUUUAAUAGAAACAAAUUUUACCAAAUCAAAAAUUAUAACAAGACGACCUAUUAAAUGGGAUGAAAUUGAUUUUCCUAAAGAAUGGGUUAUUGAGGAAGUUGUUCCUCCAAGAAAUAAUAUAAAUUCGGAUAUAUCUGAUAUUGAACAGACUCCAGAUGGAACGGUAAGGAUCAAAUUUAAUGAUCAGAAUUUAUUGAUGAGUUAUACAGAUAGUAUAGGAUUGCAGGCCAGGAUGCCUAGAUCUAACUCUUCUUAUAUUUCCCCAGUAGAUUAUAUUGCUAAUAUUUCUUCCAGAGCAUCGACUUCUCAAAUAAAGGAUGAGGAUAACUCCAAAUCCUCAACUUCUUAUAUAAAAGAAGGUGAACGAGUUGAUAAUAUCAAAAUAGAAAAUCAUAUUGUUAUCCAGAAAAUGCAUAUUACCUACAAAAUUUUAUGCUUGAUGAAAAUAAGAAGCAAGAAUAAUGCAUCUUUUUGACAUGAAACGUGGAAUUUGAAGCAAAAAGAAUAAUUCAGUCUAAAGAGCAUCACAGACGAGAAACGUUAUCAACUGGAAAAGGGAAAAAUAAAAAGACAAGCGCAAUUACAUAUCAACAAAGAAUGAUAUCAACACUUCUUGGUAUUCGAGCAGGAGGUCACUAAACAGUAAAGAGAAGACAAGUCGGCAGAAAUAAAGGCA